AUGUUUUUCUUCUCUUUUCGUUUUUCUUUUCUUUUUCUUUUUCCCUCUACGUAUUUUUUCUUUUUUAAUUUCUUCUUUUACCUUGGUAAUUUUCUCAUUUUUCUCUACUCGUUUUCUUCUUUUAAAAUUACUUCUUUUUUUUUCAUAUUUUCUUCGCUUCGCUCUCGACACUUUUCUUCUUUUUUUACUUUCUUCUUUUUUCCUUCAUAUUAUUCUCCCUUCUCUCGCCUCGCUUUUUACUUCCGUCUUCAUUUCCUUCGUAUUCUUCCUUUUUAUUCUUCUUUUUCAAUUUUAUCUUUCUUCUUUUUCAAUUUCUUCUUUUACACUCGUAUUCUCGUCUCUCGCCCCUCACUUUUUCUUCUUUUUUUUUUUUCAUGUCUUCUUUUGCCUUCCUUUUCUUCACAAUUCUCUCUCAUCGUUUUUUCCACUACUUACUUCUUUUACAAUGUGUUGUUUUUGCAUCGUAUUCUUCUGGCUUCUCUCUCUUCACUCUUAACUUUUCAUUUUUCUUUUUCAAUGUAUUUUUUCUUCCUAUUCUUCUUAAUUGUCCAUUUUUUUUGUUCUUGUUUCUUCUUUUCCAAUUACUUUUUCCUUCAUAUUCUUUUCCUUUCUCUCACCUCGCUUUUUUUGUUGACUAUUCUUUUUUUAAUGCCUUCAUUUUCUUUUUUAUUAUUCUUCUCCCUUUUCUCAUUCUUAUUUUCAAUUUUUUUCUUUUUCCUUUAUAUUCUUCUCGCUUCUAGUUCCUCGUAUAUUUCUUCUUUCUUUUCCAAUUUCUCCUUUUUUUCUUCGUAUUUUUAUCUCUUCUCUAUACUCGCUUUUUUCUUCUUCUUUUCCAGUUUUUUUUUCUUUUUCAUUCGUCUUCUUCUUCCUUCUCUGUUCUCAAUGUUUUGUUCUUUUUUUCCAAUUUCUUUUUUUUUUCCUUCGUAUUUUUAUCCCUUCUCUCUCCUAGCAUUUUUCUUCUUCUUUUCCAAUUUCUUCAUUUUCCUUCACAUUCUUCUAGCUUCCCUCCUCGCAUUUUUCUUCUUAUUUUCAUUUUUUUUUCUUUUCCUGCGUAUUCUCCUCCAUUCUCCAUUCUCACAUCUCGCUUUUUCUUAUUUUUUUCAAAUUUCUGCUUUUUUCCUUUGUGUUCCUUUCUCUCGCAUUUUUUUUUCUUCUUUACCAAUUUCUUUUUCUUCGUAUUCUUCUUCCUUUUCUCUUCUCUUUUUUUGUCUUCUUCUUUUCCAAUUUUUUUUUUCCUUCAUAUUCUUUUCCUUUCUCUCUUCUCGCUUUUAUCUUCUUUUUUUCCCAUUUUUUUUUCUUUCGUAUUUUUAUCCCUUAUCUCUCCUCACAUUUUUUCUUCUUUUCAAAUUUCUUCUUUCUACUUUGUAUUUUUCUUCCUUCUAUCUUCUCACUUUUUUCUUCUUCUUUUCAAAUUUCUUCUUUUUCUUUUUCUUUUCUUCUCGCUUCUCUCCCCUCGUAUUUUUCUUCUUCUUUUCCAAUUUCUUUUUUUUUCCUUCGUCUUAUUCAUUCUCUUUUCUCGCUUUUUCUACUUCUUUUCCAAUUACUUCUUUUCCCUUCGUAACCUUCUCGCUUCUCUCUCCUGGCAUUUUUCUCCCUUUUUUUCCAGUUUCUUCUUUUUCAUUCGUAUUUUUCUCCCUUCUCUCUCUUUGGAUGUUUCUUUUGCGUUUGAUUUAUUUAUUCUUUUUCAGUUGGAUCUCUUUUGCCUUUUCUUUCGUAAUCUUUCUACUUGCUUUUCGCGACAGUUUGUUCUUUUCUUUCUUUUUCUUCUUCUUCUUCUUCUUCUUGUAA